AUGGCUUUGGCCCCCCUUUCCCCAGACCCCAAAGACACCGUCGUGGUGGCGGUCAAUCACGAGCAUGCCGCCGAGACGAAGGCCAGAGCUGAGGCAGCCGCCGUGGCACGAUCCGGUGAGGCGGUGCUGCGUGAUGAUCCCGAGGCCAGGGCGGCCUUCUUGGCCUCGUUUUCCGCGGCCGAUGAGAAAAGGAUCAUGCGCAAGGUCGACCGGCGCUUUCUGCUUCUGAUCGGCCUCAUGUACAUGGUCAAACAGAUCGACGUCACCAACGCCGCCAGCGUCAAGGUGCUCCAGGUCGGCCAGCCGAGCAACAUCCUCAAGGAGCUGCAUAUGACUCCCGACCAGUAUAACUGGGUUCAAUCCAUCUACUACAUCAGUUAUAUCAUCUUCGAAACCCCCAGCAACCUGAUCCUCAAGCGUAUGAGCCCGCAUGUCUGGCAGUCGCGGAUCUUCUUCACCUGGGGCAUCGUGUUGGCUUGCCACGCCGCCAUUCAGAACCGCCAAGGCUACUACGCCGUGCGCUUCAUCCUGGGCAUGAUGGAGGCCGGCUUCUUCCCCGGCGUCAUGUGCCAAAUGGCUUUUUGGUACCGCACCGAGGAGUACGGGAAGCCGGUCAUGUGGCUAUUUGCCAUCUCCCAGGCGGCCGGGGUGGUUGGGUCUCUGCUCUGUUAUGGGAUCAGUUAUAUGGACGGCAUUCGUGGCCUGAGUGCCUGGAGAUGGGUCUACCUUUUGGAAGGGCUUGCCACCAUCCUCUUCUCCGUGUCGAUCUAUUUCCUUCUCCCCGACUACCCCAAGUCCCCGCGCAGCGACCGGUGGCUCACGAAACGCGAGCAAGAGUUUAUCGAGACGCGGCUGAGCGAGAACGCCCCGUUGACCAGUGACCCAGCGUUCAGCUCCAAAGAGAUCUGGGCGUCGCUCAAGAACCCGAAUCUCUGGUCGUUCAUGGGCAUGCAGAUGUUUGUCAACCUGGCCAACUACGGACUCACCUGGUACCUACCCACCAUCACCACCAGUCUGGGUUUCGCCAAACUGCCCAAGAACCAGCUGCUCAAUAUUCCGCCGGCGGUGUCGGCGUCUCUGGGCGUGGUGGGCUCAUACUGGUUCAUCCGCGGCGCGUACAUUUCUCGGCCGCUGUGGAUCUCGAUCCUCAUGCUCUGCGAGGUGGUCUGCUUCAUCCUCUUCUUCACCAUCAGCAACCACGUCGGCAUCUACAUCGCCUGCAUCCUGGGCACCAUGUUCGGCCAGGCCUUCUUCAUCAACUUCUGGGCCUGGCGCUCUUCCACCCUCAAAGGCUCCACCGGCACCGCCUUUGUGCUCGGCUUCCAGAACUGCGUCGGCCAGGUCGGCGGCGUCGUGGCCCCUCAGUACUUCGUCCAGAAGUGGGCGUACAACCGCUACAAGAACAGCUUUGCCAUUGCCACUUCGUUUUUGAUCACUGCCUUCUUCUUCGCCCAGUGGACUUGGUGGCUGACCCGAAACGUCGAGGCCGACGUGUUGCGCGUCGCAAGGCUCCGGAAAGCCGCCAAGAAGGAAGGUCGGGUGUACGCCGAGGACGACAUCAAGGUCUUCGAGGAGAGAAAGUAUGAUUCCGCCUUCUGGUCCAUCAAGAAGUUUCGGCGGAGUAACGGGGUGGCCAGGCCGGAGGUGUAA